CCAUCAUUGCGGCUGCAUGUUCAAGAAGUGGCCAGAAGGUUCUGCAUGUUGAUUCGUAGCUACCCAGAAGGGGAGCUGCUGGGUCAUACGGUGAUUCUUCAGGUCCAUGUCAACAGUUGAUUGAGGAGAAGUGUAUCUGAAAUUUGAGAGGAUAUUCAGUAGCACUAUGAAGAAGCUACUAUGGAGGAAACUGGGCCAGUUUCAGCUUUUCAGGACUGUUGUCCUGGAUAAAGGAAUACCAGGAAAGUAGUGGCAUUGUGGAUGAAAGCCCAGCCUGGCAAGAACAGAUCCUUGAAGAUGAAGAAGCCAUCGCUCUUAGCAAGAUGGACAAAACCAUUCAACAUGUGGAAGUGUUUUGUUAUGCCAGUCAGGAUUUGCAAGAAGAUGUUGAAGAGGCUGGUGCACUGCAGAAAAAUCAUGCUUCGGCGACAUCUGCGAACUCCACAGAAGCUGCAGACUCUGCCUGCCUGCCUACAGAGGAUGAGUCACCCAGCACUACGAGCAGCGACGUGCCCGCAGAACAAACUCCACGCAGUGACCCAGGCAGUGCCCCAGAAGGAGCUGAAGCUGAAGUGUCAGGGGAGAAAGAAAACCUCUGUGAUGAUAAAACUUGUGUGCUGUCAACUUCAGAAGAAGGAACAAGUGAAAAUGUGCCUGUAGCAGAAGACAUCACAGAACCGCCAAAGAACAAUAGGAUUACUUACUCGCAAAUUGUUAAAGAGGGCAGGAGAUUCAAUAUCGAUUUGGUAUCAAAGCUGCUGUAUUCUCGAGGAUUGCUAAUUGAUCUUCUAAUCAAAUCUAAUGUCAGUCGCUAUGCAGAGUUCAAAAAUAUUACCAGGAUUCUUGCAUUUCGGGAAGGAAGAGUGGAACAGGUUCCUUGUUCAAGAGCAGAUGUCUUUAAUAGCAAACAACUUACUAUGGUAGAAAAGCGAAUGCUAAUGAAGUUUCUUACUUUUUGUAUGGAGUAUGAGGAACAUCCUGAUGAAUAUAAAGCCUAUGAGGAGAUGACGUUUUCUGAAUAUUUAAAAACUCAAAAAUUGACUCCCAACCUCCAGCAUUUUGUUCUGCAUUCAAUUGCGAUGACAUCAGAGACAGCCAGCAGUACCCUAGAUGGUCUCAGAGCUACCAAAAACUUUCUUCACUGUCUUGGGCGGUAUGGCAACACUCCGUUUUUGUUUCCUUUAUACGGCCAAGGGGAGCUCCCUCAGUGUUUCUGCAGGAUGUGUGCUGUAUUUGGUGGAAUCUAUUGUCUUCGCCAUUCAGUCCAGUGCCUUGUUGUGGACAAAGAAUCCGGAAAAUGCAAAGCAAUCAUAGAUCAGUUUGGUCAGAGAAUAAUCGCUAAGCAUUUCCUUGUGGAGGACAGUUACUUUUCUGAGAACACAUGUUCCCACGUGCAAUACAGGCAAAUUUCCAGGGCGGUCCUGAUUACAGAUAGAUCUGUACUACAAGCAGAUUCAGAUCAGCAGAUUUCCAUUCUGACAGUGCCCCCAGAGGAACCAGGAACUUCUGCUGUCCGGGUCAUUGAGUUAUGUUCUUCAACAAUGACAUGCAUGAAAGGCACAUAUUUGGUUCAUUUGACUUGUGCGUCUUCUAAAACAGCAAGAGAAGAUUUAGAACCAGUUGUAGAGAAAUUGUUUACUCCACAUACCGAAAUGGAAAUAGAAAAUGAAGUUGAAAAGCCAAGACUUCUAUGGGCUCUUUACUUCAAUAUGAGAGAUUCUUCAGACGUCAGCAGGAACUCUUAUCAUGAUUUACCAUCCAACGUUUACAUCUGCUCUGGCCCAGACUGUGGUUUAGGAAAUGAUAAUGCCGUCAAACAGGCUGAGAGCCUCUUCCAGCAAAUCUGCCCCAAUGAAGACUUCUGUCCACCCCCUCCAAAUCCUGAAGACAUUCUGGAUGGAGACAGUUUACAACCAGGGGCUUCCGAAUCUGGUGAUAUACCAGAGGCCAGUUCAGAGACUCCCAAGGAACAUGCAAACCCGGAAAAGCCAGAGGAGCCCUCUGAAUAACAGAUACGCACCAAAUUGUAUGCCCCACUUUGGAAAUUUCUCCUGGCCUGUCUUCUUGAUCGACCAACUGUUUGAAAACUUUUAUAAAGCAGCAGUCCGUUGUCAUGCAGAAUUACCGAGAGAAACAAGUCACAGAAAUCCAAAAGGGGAUUUUCCUUAAACAGGACAUUCCAAGAACACAAAAUACUUGUAAAGCACAUUGACUCACCUGCUUAAAUUAGAAAUGAAUUGAUUCCCAGGAAGACAGUUUUGGAGAUGAAAGUGAUCCUAGGCAUUGUCGAUAAUUCUGUGCUUUUGGGACAGCAUUUGCUUUGCCACUUUGGAUCUUUGUUUGAAAGCCACAUCUUCAGACUCAGCUCACUUAUUUCCUUUGAUUAUUUGAAUUAUAUUUUCUUGAAGGGUCUGAGCAUCAUGAUGCAGAUAAUAAAAGCGUAUGUAAAUGUGAUUGAGAAAAACGAAAGUAUCAUGAACUGGCAGGAACCCAUGUUUGGAACAGAAGUUUGUAUUGUUUUCUUGAGAAGAAUUAAAAUGCUAAUAUUGAAGUAGAUAUUUUUUAGAGAUUUUUUUUUUAAUCCUCACCUGGGGAUAUGUUUUUAUUGA